AAUACUUCUCCCUGAGAACUUUUGCCUGUCGCCUGGUCUUUGGGACAGCCUUCACACAUCAUCUCAUAUAGCCGCACCUAACUGGGAAAUUAACUCACCUGCAACCUCUACAACCAAAUAACCCCCCCCCCCCCCCCAACGUUUUUGACUACUGCCAAUUGACAUGGAGAUCCAGCAAAGACACGGACACCACUCACUUUUCCACACCUGCAGGAGAACGGAGAGCAGCAGAAUGAAGGUCAAGAGGAUGUCUUCGUCCAGUCGCGCGCUGCUAUUUGCACUGUCCCUAGCGCUCUACGCUGUGGAAAUAGCCUCGGCGGAGACGCUGUGUGGGGGAGAGCUGGUGGAUGCGCUGCAGUUCGUCUGUGAAGACAGAGGCUUCUAUUUCAGUAGGCCAACCAGCAGGGGCAACAACCGGCGCAACCAGAACCGUGGGAUCGUAGAGGAGUGUUGUUUCCGUAGCUGUGACCUCAACCUGCUGGAGCAGUACUGUGCCAAACCCGCCAAGUCCGAAAGGGACGUGUCGGCCACCUCUCUGCAGGUCAUACCCGUGAUGCCCGCACUAAAACAGGAAGUUCCAAGGAAGCAGCACGUGACCGUGAAGUAUUCCAAAUACGAUGUGUGGCAGAGGAAAGCGGCCCAGCGGCUCCGAAGGGGUGUCCCCGCCAUCCUGAGGGCCAAAAAGUUUCGGAGGCAGGCGGAGAAAAUCAAAUCCCAGGAGCAGGCAGUCUUCCACAGGCCCCUGAUCAGCCUGCCUAGCAAACUGCCUCCUGUCUUGCUCGCCACGGACAACUAUGUCAGCCACAAAUGAGCCCGCCGCCAGCCCUUUGCACAGACAAGUGUUUGGAGGGAGAGAGAAAAAAAAAAAGACUAGGGGAUUAUAGCUUUGUCUCUGACGUCAUUUCUGUGGCAGUCCUCUUUGACCUCCCCUGCCCUGUCCGAGCCCACCAACCCCGUCCCCCACCCCCACCCCGACCCCCCGCUCUACUUCUUGACCCCCUGGCCCUUUUCUUAUCCCCCCCCCCCCCCUCAGCCCCACCCACCCACCUCCGGGCACACAAACAUGCCUUCACAUUCUUCCUGUCUGAACUCUUUAGCUCCCUCUCUUUUUUCAGUCACCGACACAAAGGCACAAACACAAACAAUGAAGAAAAAGUUAACAAUUCGGCUGAAUGCAAUUCAGGUGGAUCCUUCAGCGAAAGAGAAAAGGGAAGGGAGAAAAGAAGAUGAAAGAGAUCUGUGGUUUGUAAGUGUCAAGAGGACACCCAGCGGAAUGUUUUUUUGUCCUUUUGGAAGACAACUGAAAGUGAAGAGCAGCUUGCAUGAAAUAAUCCAUUCCACAUCAUUUUUCCUGAGGCAAAAAGAAAAUCUCUGUUAGUUCUUUUUCUUAUUAGUUUGCACCUUUACCUAUAAAGGGACUUCCACACUGUAAGGAAUUAUUUUGUAAAAUUAGAUUCCUGUUCCAGCACCUUUUGAUCACAAACAAAAAGCAGAAAAGAGUCUGCAAAAAUUGCACAUUGCCACGGAUUACGUCAAAGUAAAGAAAAAAAUGGCACUAUUUUUUUAUGAACAAUGAACGUGUAGCUUAAAAAAAUGUCAUGGUGCUAGCUUUGGGAAUGGACUCAAAGAAGAGGUUGAAAAGCACGUUUUUUUUUUUUUCUUUGAAUGAAUUUUUAAACUUUCCGUUUUAAGGAAAGUAUGACUUUUGAAAAAAGGAAGAUAAAAGGAUAUGGGGGAGCUCCUGGCAGUGGCAAUGUAAAGGGGGACGUGUCACUGAGAAAAAAAAAUGGGCUGUUUCGGCAUCUGGGCUCACAGCGAGCGCUAGCAGAUGCUCAUCAAUAGCUUGCCAGCAUUAGCGGCAAGGGGGACCUGAGACCCAGUCCCUGUUCUGUCUGUCCCUGCCAGACACAGGGAGCAGUGUGAGGACAAAAAUGGGACACCGUGGACCGCCUGGAUUGAGACAGUACUACAGUUCUGGGACAGUACUUCCUGUUUGCUAUGGCUUCGCAGACUGCUCUGACAGGAAGUAACAUGGCAUGGACAAAGAGCAAGUGGGAUAAUGAUGAUUAUAUUUUAUUUUGUCUUUUUUUUUUCUGUUUUCUUUUCAUAUCAAUGUUUCAAUGAAAAAAAAAAAAGGAAAACCCCGUCAGUUUCUGGUACCGUGACAUUCCUGUUUUUCCAACUUAGGCUUUUCAUUUUUUGUUGUGAUGUUAUUUUACAGUUCUAAUGGCACAACAUUUCAAUUCAAAGGGAAAAAAACAGCAAUAAUGUCAACUAACAUUCUAUUGUUAUUGUAUAUCAGUAGUAUUCACAUGCUUUUGCCUGAAAACAAAUACUUGAAUAUAUAUAUAUAUACAUCUAUAUAUAUAUAGAUAUAUAAUUAGUUUCCAGGGACGUUGUGUUAUUUUCCUUUAGUCUGAGCUGUAUCUUGCGUAAUGAGCCGCCAAGCUUUUUUGUUUGUUUGUUGAAAUACAAAUAAGGGCACUGUAUAAAGGCAUUAUUUAUUUUGUUAUAAAAUAUAUUUGAAAAAUUGGUCCAAAUAAUAUACGUAGCACUGAUGCUCAACUGACGGAUUUAUUUUGUAUGAUCUCUGUUUUCCAAUUGGAGUUGUAAGGCUUUUUGUAGAUGCUUUGUACCAAAAAUAAUGUCUUUUUUUUUUCUUCUUCCUUUUUUCGUUUGCCAUAGUUACUUUAAAUUAAUAUUUUAACAGCAGCAUAGCCUGGAUUGCUUAGGCAUGUUAUGUCACAGAAAUAGGCACAUACUCUGAAUACGUUGGUCUGCAUGGACUUCCAGAAGCCUGUUAGGGGUUAUCUGUGAAGAAGAAAAGCAUCAAUGAGUGACUUUAUUCUUGGAAAAAUAACUGUUCAAUAGUGAUUGUACUCAAACCCACUAUGUUUUGAAGCCACUUUAGUAUUGAUGGCAGGACAAUGAUCAUCCUUCAUUAAACCAUGUCUUUGGAAUUGUG